GAUCUGUUCUCCAAAUAAAUAUAGUUUGUCUACCUUCAGCCUUCCACUUCAAACACUAGUGUCUGAGAUCCGCCAUUCAAAUUUUCAAAUCGGACCUUUCAUCUUCUUCUCCAGUAGUACCGCCAAAGACAUGCUCAGAUCAUUUGCCAGAGAAUUUAAGUUGGUCGCCAAUGGUUUGUUUUGUAAGGGCACAAGACUUCAUUCAACUACGGCCUCUGGAAGGCUACAAGGAAAGGUAGCCGUAAUAACAGGGGGUGCAAGUGGGCUAGGAAAGGCCACGGCCCACGAGUUCAUUCAGAAUGGGGCCCAAGUCAUAAUAGCGGACAUCAAUACUGAGUUGGGCUCCAAAGUCGCCAAGGACCUAGGCCCAUUAGCCCACUUUGUUCAGUGCGAUGUUACGGACGAGGCCCAAGUUGCCGGAGCCGUUGAAGCGGCUGUGGGCCUCCACGGAAAGCUCGAUAUCAUGUACAACAAUGCCGGGAUAGUAGGUCCGGUGCUCCCACCGAGCAUCGCCGAGCUCGAUCUCGAUACUUUUGAUCGGGUCAUGCGGAUCAACGUUUGGGGAACAGUAGCGGGGAUAAAGCACGCGGCCCGAUUCAUGAUUCCCACGGGCUCGGGAUCCAUUCUGUGUACGUCAAGCAUGAGCGGGCUUUUGGGUGGUCUUGGGCCGCACUCCUACACAAUAUCGAAAUAUACAAUACCCGGGAUAGUGAAGUUUGUGGCCUCGGAGCUCUGCCGAACAGGGGUCCGAAUCAACUGCAUAUCCCCAGGCCCUAUUCCGACACCACUCUCUGUGGGCCAAUUAGCCCAAUUUUAUCCAGGUGCGACUACGGAGCAAGUGGCCCAAAUUGUGAAUGGGCUUGGGGAGCUCAAGGGAGCCAAGGGUGAGGAAAUGGAUGUGGCCCAAGCCGCUGUAUAUCUGGCGUCAGAUGAAUCCAAGUAUAUAACAGGUCAUAACCUGGUUGUGGAUGGAGGGUUCACCUGCUACAAAGAUAUAAAAUUACCUAUCCUUGAUCAAAUUUUGCAAUCAUAAAACGUUGUUACUUUAUGGUGGUGUCUUUUUACCCCUCUUUCUUUAUGGAACCUUUUUUAUUAGG